AUGCCACCUCGCUAUCCAUUCGGCGGUGGGCCACAGUCCGAUGAAGCUCAUCAUCAGCCGCAAGAUGCGCACGGUCACAAUGCGUAUCCAACCUAUGACAUGGGCGCAGAUCCAGCCACUCCGCCUCACGUAGCCUAUGACCAGUAUAUGCCCCCUUCGACAGCAGGCGAUCAUUCCGGCUACGACCUGCCCUCCGCCAACUACUACGACGGCCAUCGUCCCUCGUAUCCGCCUGCCAACUUGAGCCCGCCCCGCAUGGCGAAUCCGUACGCAGACUCACAGCCUCAACACGGCGGUGUGGAUCCCUUCGAUGAGCAUGAUGGCGAUGUCCCUCUCCUGCCAAGACAGGGCAACUACGCGUAUGCUCCCGCCUCGCAUUUCGACGAGCAUGGGAACCAUGUUGGCCCCAUGGACAAGUACGCCGAUGGUGACGACGACGUGAUGGACGAGGAUGUCGUUAAUGGUCAUGCGAGAGGACGGCUGCUGCGGACGCAGGCUCCCCAUGACGACGAUUACACACCCGGCGGCUUUGAUCCAAACUUGCUCGAAAAUGGUCAGGCUGGAGGAGUCCGCUUCGGCAAGAUCCCUCAGCGUGUACCUCGACGAUACAAGACACUCAAGAGGGUCGAGCUGUACCACGGCAACCUCGUCCUUGACUGUCCCGUGCCCUCGAAGCUGCUCGACAAGCUCAACGACCGAGAGUCUCGAGAGUUUACCCACAUGCGAUACACUGCAGCUACUUGCGACCCGGACGACUUCAAGAGCGAGCGUUACACCUUGCGACAGGUCCUCUUCGACCCGCCUCGCCGCACCGAGCUCUUCAUCGUUCUGACCAUGUACAACGAGGAUGAAGAGCUCUUCACUCGCACCAUGCACGGAGUCAUGACCAACAUUGCCCACCUCUGCACUCGAGAACGCUCCAAGACGUGGGGCAAGGAGGGCUGGAAGAAAGUCGUCGUCUGCAUCGUCUCGGACGGCCGUCUCAAGAUCAACUCGCGCACCUUGUCGUGUCUCGCUGCCAUGGGUGUCUACCAAGAGGGAGUAGGUAAGAACGUCGUCAACGGCAAGCCAGUCACCGCGCACAUCUACGAGUACACGGCGCAGCUCUCGAUCGACCCCAGCAUGCACUUUAAGGGCCGCGAAAAGGGCAUCAUGCCCGUGCAGAUCCUCUUCUGCCUCAAGGAGCGCAACCAGAAGAAGAUCAACUCGCAUCGCUGGUUCUUCAACGCUUUCGGCCAGAUCCUGCAGCCCAACGUCUGCGUGCUGCUCGAUGUGGGAACAAUGCCGAGACCUCGAUCUAUCUACCACCUGUGGAAGGCCUUUGACAUCAACUCCAACAUUGGCGGUGCAUGCGGUGAGAUCGUCGCUCUCAAGGGCAAAUUCUGGGGUGCGCUGCUGAAUCCGCUCGUGGCAGCGCAGAACUUCGAAUACAAGAUGUCCAACAUCCUCGACAAGCCGCUCGAGUCGGUGUUCGGCUACAUCACGGUGCUUCCAGGCGCCUUUUCGGCUUACCGCUACAUCGCACUGCAGAACGACGUUCACGGCCAGGGUCCCUUGCAUUCCUACUUCAAAGGGGAAACGCUGCACGGUGGUCAAUCGGACGCCGACGUCUUUACAUCCAACAUGUAUCUUGCCGAGGACCGCAUCUUGUGUUGGGAGUUGGUGUCCAAACGGGAUAGCGCCUGGAUCCUACACUAUGUCAAAUCAGCGCAAGCUGUCACGGAUGUGCCCGACCAAGUUCCCGAGCUGAUCUCGCAGCGUCGGCGAUGGCUCAACGGAUCUUUCUUCGCCGGCAUCCAUUCGAUUAUCAAAUUCGGCUACAUCUACCGCUCUUCGCAUUCGUUCGGACGCAAGUUUGCGCUUCACAUUGAGAUUGUCUACCAGACGAUCCAGCUCAUCUUUUCGUGGUUCGGCAUGGCCAACUUCUUCAUCGCCUUCUUCAUCCUUACGAGCGCCAUGAGCGACAAGAUCCAUGCGCUCAAGGUGCCCAAUCUGGUGCUCUCGUACAUCUACAUUGCGUUCAUCAUCUUUUGCUUCUUGCUUUCGAUGGGCAACCGACCCGCUGGAAGCAAGGCUGGCUAUACACUAGCCAUGGUGGUGUUUGCGCUCAUGACGGUCUACAUGACGGGUGCAGCCAUCUAUCUGGCGGUCAAUUCGAUCCUCAAUGCGACGGGUCCCAAUGGUGGAGGAGCAGAAGCGCUCGUUACGAAUCGAACGUUUGUCAACAUCGUGAUCUCGCUAGCCGCUACCUUCGGAAUCUGGUUGAUCGCGAGCAUCAUGUUCCUCGAACCGAUGCACAUGAUCACCUCGAUCGUGCAGUAUCUGCUCCUGGCGCCCACAUUUGUCAACGUGAUCAGCAUCUACGCGUUUGCCAACAUCAACGACAUCUCUUGGGGUACCAAAGGCUCGGACAAGGUCAUGACCGAUCUUGGAGUCGUCGGUGGGUCCGGAACGAAUCAGGUCGAGGUAGCCAUUCCUACCGAGUCCAAGGACAUCAACGACGCAUACGACGAUGCGAUCCACGUGCUGAGCAACAAGGCGCCCAAAGCCGGACCUGGUCCGGUGGAUAAAGAGCAAAAGCAGAAGGAUUACUACGCCACUGUGCGAACGAACGUGGUGCUCUGUUGGAGUUUGAGCAAUGCGGCGCUGGUGGUGGGCAUCCUCAAUAUCAGCUCGGUGGGAACGAGAACGAUCUACAUGGGAUUCCUGUUGUACUCGGUCGCAGGAUUGGCCCUGUUCAGAAUGAUGGGGUCUACGAUUUACUUGAUCAAGCGGCUCUUCUCCGGCGAAUAG